AUGUCUAAUACAAACGACAAACCAACGGUAUUGAUCGUCGGAGCAGGACUGGGAGGCCUCAUGCUCGGCGCCCUCCUCGAAAAGCAAGGCAUCCCAUACACCAUCUUUGAGCGUGCCACCACCGUCAAACCUUUGGGCUCAGGAAUGGCUGUUGGUCCUACACUUCUUCCGGUCUUUCAACAACUGGGCAUCUAUGACGCCUUCAUCCCUCUUGGCAAACGAAUCGUCCUCACACCCUUUUACAAGGAGUCGUUGGAAUCCUAUAGGCCGACCGACCACAUCGCUAUCGAGGAGUUCACUGGUUACUCACAGUACCUCGUCGCACGUCCAGACCUCUACGACCUCAUCCUUAAGCAAGUGCCCGCGCACAAGAUCCAUUUCGGAAAGCGAGUCCUGAACAUCACUGAGGAGGAUAACAAGGUUACAGUCUACACCAACGAUAACGGCAUGCAUGUUGGAGAUAUCGUCGUCGGAGCUGAUGGUGCCUACAGCGCUGUUCGUCAGCGUAUGUAUGACCGUCUGAAGGCUAGGGGUGAGCUGCCCAAGGGUGAUCAGGAGGACUUGCCGUUCAGUUGUACUUGUCUUGUGGGUCAGACGAGGGCGCUGGAUCCUGUAAAGUAUCCGAUUAUUAAGGAGGAUACCUGUGUGUUCCCCACUGUCUUGGGUAAAGACAAGCCGUUCUCUUGGUCAAUCAUGUUAACGGCACAAGGAAGUUUUGCCUGGUGUGUCAUCCAUCAUCUGAACGAACAAACGAGCAAAGCAGCCAUGGAACAGCGAUUCAGGAACAACGACAACGCAGAAUGGGGCGCUUACCCGGCCCAGGUUAUGUGUGAUGAGACCAGGAACUUUCCUAUCCCUCUUGGCGAAGGAUUGUCGACUCUGGGAGAUCUGUAUGACCUUGCUCAGAAGGAUCUGAUUUCUAAGGUUAUGUUGGAAGAAAAGGUGUUCCAGACGUGGUAUUCAGGGCGUGUUGUCCUAUUGGGCGAUGCUUGCCACAAGCUUCACCCAUCUGGAGGACAUGAGUACCAAACCGAGCGAUUACCCGCGGUCCAGGUGUCGUUCAAGAACAGUCAGCUUAUGAGCAAGUUCAUGGAGAAGAGUUUUAUUGGCGCCAUCAUCUUGUUUUUGAUCACUCAUAUGCCCAUGUGGCUCUGGAGACUUGCCAGGCACCGUUACCCCGAUCAUCUCACCAAGUGA